CGUGUGGCCAAAAAUAAUAUACAAACCUUAAUCAGUCUUCUUCCUAUUAUCUAACAUUUUCAAAGCAAACUUCUUUAUCUUUCUCUCACACUCCAACAUGUCGGAGUGGGGUCAUCAAAACCUCAACCCAGAAGCAAUGCCGGAGCCCAAGACCCGACCCGUGGGCGGAACCGAGUACAGCUGGUGCAAAGCCGUCCCCUCUGGCACCGGCAUAACAGUUCUAGCCCUCCUCCUCUCCAAACCCCCAAACUUCUCAAUUCUCCAAACUGCCCUCCAUAACCUCCAAAAUUCCCAUCCCGUCCUCCGCUCCAAACACCUCUUCGAUCCCACCACAAACACCUUUUCCUUCGUCACACCCCCAACUCCCCACCUCCAAAUCCAACCGUUCGAUCUCCCAUCGACGGCUCUCAUUCUCCAAAACCAAAGCCAGCCCAACAUCCCCGCGUUCCAUCUAAUCCUCGAGCACGAGCUCAACAUUAACACGUGGCGCAAUCCCAACCCUUCGUUGGACGCUGACACGGACGUGCUAUUUGCGAGUGUGUACACUAUAAGCGAGUCCCGGUGGGCCCUGGCGCUCCGCGUGCACACGUCAGCGUGCGACCGCGCUGCGGCCGUGGCGCUGCUGAGGGCGCUGUUGGCAGAGAUGAAGUCGAAAGUGGGAGGAGGGGCAGAGAGGGAAGUAAAGGGAAAUGGGGAGGUCAGUUUGGGAAUUGAGGAUUUGAUCCCAAACGGGAAGGCGAACAAGCCGUUUUGGGCGCGUGGCGUGGACGUGCUUGGGUACUCUUUGAAUUCGCUGAGGCUGUCGAAUCUGGAUUUCAAAGACGCGAGCUCGGCGAGGUUUUCUCAGGUGGUGAAAUUACAGAUAAACCCACAUGACUGCCAGAGGCUUCUUGCUGGUUGCAAAUCUAGAGAAAUAAAAUUAUCUGGAGCCUUGGCGGCUGCUGGAUUGAUUGCUGCGCAUGCCUCUAAGCACCUCCCGGAUCAUCAAUGGGAGAAAUAUGCUGUUGUAACUCUCCUUGACUGCCGCUCCAUUCUUGAACCACCCCUCAGUUCCAAUAAUCUUGGGUUUUAUCAUUCUGCCAUCAUGAAUACGCAUGACAUAAAUGGAGGAAACACACUGUGGGAGCUGGCAAAGAGAUGCUACGUUGCCUUUGCAAAUGCCAAGAACUCAAACAAGCAUUUCACAGAUAUGUCAGACCUCAACUUCCUCAUGUGCAAGGCUAUUGAAAACCCUGGCUUGACCCCGUCAUCAUCGAUGAGAACUGCGUUUAUCUCAGUGUUCGAGGACCCUGUGAUUGAUGAUUCUAGUGAGGUGCACCAAGAGCUUGGAGUGGAGGACUACGAGGGCUGCGCUUCAGUCCAUGGCGUUGGCCCCUCUAUAGCCAUUUUUGACACCAUACGUGAUGGAGCGUUGAAUUGCUCAUGUGUUUAUCCAUCGCCAUUGCAUUCGAGGGAACAAAUGCAGGACUUGAUGGAUCGUAUGAAGAGCAUUCUUGUAGAUGGUUGUGAUGAUGUUGAGAGUGAGAGCUAGAUAUGGUUGUAUGAGCUGCUUAAUGAUGGAUUUCAAUCAUUCAUUGUGGUGCAGCACUAAGUUACU